CAGUGAAGUAUCGCUGCCUGGUGGAUUAGUUAGGCCUGUGCAUGGCUCUGCAGCGGAGCGGGAUGGCGGCUCAGCCACCUCCUCCUAAACCGUGGGAAACCCGGCGGGUUCUGGGCGGAAUCCCCACCACUUCGUUCCAGUCAGCUGACUUGAGAGCCAGCACUAUCACCAGACCUGGGCAGCCAACUCUUACCAGGGUGCCACCACCUAUACCACCCAGAACUUCCCAGCAGACCAGUACAGGUACACUCAAUACCUACCGACCUGCAUACAGCUCUUUUUCACCAGGCUUUGGCUCUUAUGGUUCUUACGGUUCCUACGGAAGUUCCUUUCAUGGAGGCUACAGUCCUUACGGCUAUGGGUACAGCAGUGGACUUGGCUAUAACCGGUUCCAGACAGAUGAGGUACCACCUAGCAGAUUUGUGCGUCAAGCUGAAGAAAGUAGCCGUGGGGCCUUUCAGUCCAUUGAGAGCAUCGUCCACGCCUUUUCUUCAGUCAGCAUGAUGAUGGAUGCCACCUUCUCUGCUGUUUAUAACAGCUUCAGGGCUGUUCUGGAUGUGGCAAACCACUUUUCCAGGCUAAAGAUCCACUUCACUAAGGUAUUUUCUGCAUUUGCACUUGUCAGAACCAUCCGGUUCCUUUACCGACGUUUGCAGAGACUUUUGGGUCUGAGGAAGGGCUCCGAAAAUGAGGAUUUGUGGACUGAGAGUGCUGGGACUGUGGCUCGGGUCGGUUCGGAGAGUGACAGAGCCAAAUCAUGGCCUAUAUUCUUAUUUUUUGCUGUCAUUCUUGGUGGACCCUACCUCAUUUGGAAGCUCCUGUCUUCUGGUAAUGGCGAAAGUGUUGAAGAAAACAUAAACUGGGCAAGCGGGGAAGGUGACCAUGUGGUGGGAAGAGCUGAAUACGACUUCACUGCUACAUCAGAGGAGGAGAUUUCCUUCCAUGCGGGAGACUUACUCAACCUGGCUCCAAAAGAGCAACAACCUAAAGUAAGAGGCUGGCUACUUGGAAGUGUGGAUGGGCAAACAACAGGAUUUGUUCCAGCCAACUAUAUCAAAAUCCUGGGCAAGAGAAGAGGCAAAAAGGCUGCGGAGCCGGAGAAGAGGCAGGAGGAGGAGCAGCAGCCGUUCCCUAACCCUACCACGCUGAGCCCUGCGACCCCAGUGGCCACAUUAGAAGAGCAGGAAGCCGCACUAGAGUCUGUUUUCGUGGAGUCUGACAGCACAGCACUUCCUAGCGAUCCAACCUUAAGCCACAGGGACACAUUUGAUCUGUAGACGUACAUGGGUCUGGGGUGAGGUGCAGUGUGCUUACACCGAGCUCAUAGUGAAUAUGCAGCUGCACUGCAUAGGGUGCACACAGCCAUAUACAGCAAGUUCAGUCUAAUCGUUACAGGAUGUCUUCUGGGUAUAAGGUUGUAUAGAUGUCUAUCACUAGAUUAACACGCAAAGGGAAGUGGAUCUAAUGUUUUCUUACAAUACUGUGAUUAUGGAGCUUUUGGUCUCAUCGGACAGACCUAAAGGGGCAACUUUUUCCCUGUUACUGUUGAUUUUUAAGGAGGUUUACUUGAUGAGCAACUAGCUGCCUUUGCAUGUGAUGGUAUACUGAUAAAACGCAACCCUCAUUGGGGACUACCUGCGAAUUCUGGCCAUGAUCUUUUACAGAUUUUAUGGGGUGGUGGGAACGCCACAACUAAUUGUCUGCAGAAACAUCCACCAUGGAUCCGUGUGCAAAAUCAAUGACUUACAUGCCGCUUUGCCACUGAUUUCACCUUUUGCAUUUCAAAGGAUAAAAUCUGCAGUGAAGAUCCACAACCUGAAUGACAUGCUGCAGUUUUAAAAGGGUUGGC